GGAAACCCUGGUGUGACAGUCUAUGGGAGUCUCCCAUGUGACGGCAUCCCCUUGUUGGGCCCCAUGGUGGGUGGGGUCACUAGGAGCUGAAUUUUAAAAUCUAAAUAUGGAUUCAUUAAAACCUAAAACAUGUACUGAUGCAUUACCACCAGCUUACCUUAUCGUUCAUGCCAUGGGAGAAACACCCCUAUCUAAACGCUCCACUUUUUUGAUUCAAAAAUUGUUUGAAUUGACCAUUGGGAAUCUGUAAAAAAUUCAAAAAUUGAGGUCAGGAGACCUGCUUGUAGAGGCAGCCUCCCCUCAACAGUCUGAAAAGCUUAUGAAAAUGAAAUCGCUAGGAGACAUACAAGUCACUACCACACCACACACAAGUCUGAACUCAUCACGUGGUGUGAUAUCUGAAACCAAUCUGAUGUCUGAGGAUGAAUCGGAUAUCCAGAUCGGUCUUUCAGACCAAGGUGUCAUUGCUGUUCGAUUAAUUUCAAUCCGUCGAGAUGGCAAGUUGAUACCAACGAAACAUCUUAUUUUGACUUUCAACAAACCAACAUUGCCAUCUUCUGUUGCGGCAGGAUAUCUCUGUUGCCCAGUUCGCCCAUACAUCCCAAACCCGCUACGUUGCUUUAAAUGUCAGCGGUUUGGACACUCCCAAACAUCAUGCAGAGGAAAAAAAGCAUGUGCACAGUGUGGAAAUGAAGACCAUGAGAGUAAUGAAUGCACAAGUUCUCCAUGCUGUGUGAACUGCAAAGAUGCUCAUCCUGCCUACUCUCGGAAAUGCCCUUCAUGGCAGAGAGAGAAAGAAAUUCAGCGAUUGAAGACUAUUAAUAAUAUAUCCUACCCGGAGGCACGUCGUAUGGUCACCUUAAAUACACCAGUGAAACAAAAGACAUUCGCUGCUGCUCUGAAAUCCACAAAGACAUGUGGAGUUCAGACAGACAUUUCUGUUUCACCCGAUGAAUCUCUGACUCGCCAUGAAAAAUGUCUGCUGAUACCAUCUACCAAAGCAACAGAAAAAGAGAAUAACAAAGCAAAACCACUCAUACCUAAAACAGGGGUAACAACUAGGAAUGUGGGUUCCAAAAAAGCCAGUAAGAACCCACUUAAUAAACAAAGAAUAAAAGCAGCCCUGUCUAAAACUAAAAAAUCAGAGACUCAGUCUAUGCGCGAGUUCUCUGACUUCUCUGAUGAAGAGAUUAAUAAGGGGGUGACACCAUUAACAUCACCUCCAAAAGAAAAACCCCCUGUGAAAUUAAAGAGGGACAACCUUGCUAAAAAUGCUGCCUCAAACACAUAAUGGAUCAUAAAAUAAUCCAAUGGAACUGUCGUGGUUUCCGCAAUAAAUUCUCUGACAUUAAACACUUGACGUCAUCUACCUCUUCACUCUGUGUGGCACUCCAGGAAACCCAUCUAAAACCUGGAGAGAAUUUCUUUAAAAGGAUUCAACCUCUAC